AUGGAGCAGGGGAUGGAGGCAGGCGACGGGCGCCGAACCCCCCCCGGAUGUGGGGGGACCCCCGUGGGGGAGGGGGGGGCUGAGCCUGAGCCCCCCCCCAAAGCUGUUGGAGAGGAAGAGGAGGAGGAGGAAGAGCUGGAUCCGAGGAUCCAGGAGGAGCUGGAGCAUCUCAACCAGGCCAAUGAGGAGAUCAACCGGGUGGAGCUGCAGCUGGAUGACGCCCGCACCGCGUACCGCCGCAUCCUCUCCGAGUCGGCGCGCAAACUCAACGCCCAAGGCUCCCAACUUGGCCAUUGCAUCGACAAGGCCCGGCCUUACUACGAGGCGCGGCGCUUGGCCAAGGAGGCGCAGCAGGAGACGCAGAAGGCGGCGUUGCGGUACGAGCGCGCCGUGAGCAUGCACAACGCGGCGCGGGAGAUGGUGUUCGUGGCCGAGCAAGGGGUGAUGGCCGGCAAGAACCGCCUGGAUCCUACGUGGCAGGAGAUGCUCAACCACGCCACGGGCAAGGUGAACGAGGCCGAGGAGGAGCGCCUCCGGAGCGAGCGGGAGCACCAACGCGUCACCAACCUGUGCCAAGAGGCCGAGGCCAAGGUGCAGGCCCUACAGAAGAGCCUCAAGAGGGUCAUCGUCAAGAGCAAGCCCUACUUCGAGCUCAAGGCCCAGUUCAACCAGAUCCUGGAGGAGCACAAGGCCCAGGUGACGGCGCUGGAGGCGCGGGUGGCCCGGGCCAAGACCCGUUACGCCGUGGCCUUGCGUAACCUGGAGGAGAUCAGCGAGCAGAUCCACGCGCGCCGCCUGCGCCGCCUCCCGCCGCGCCGUGCCUCCCCCGUGGGCGCCGAAGGCGACGCUCAGCCCCCCGGCUCCGAAUCGGUGCCCGACCCCCAAGGGACCCCUUUAGGGGUGGGGGGAGGCGCCGGGGACACGCUCUCGGUGCUGAGCCUCCAAACCAUCGCUUCGGACCUGCAGAAGUUCGACUCGGUCGAGCACUUGGCCAAGCUCUCGGACGCUGCCAGCCUCGACAGCGAGGAGCUGGGUGAGCCCCAUAGGGCCCGGGGGGCGCCGGGGUACUUGAAGCAUCACCGCAGCGUCAGCCUCUAG